CGAAAACAAGAAGAAAAACUUGAAGAGAUUAUUCAACUUCGUCAAGAUGGAAUUGCAGUGAUAUUGUCUGCAAUAAAACUCAAAAUGAAAGAGCUUCUUAGAACUAAAUUUAAAUAUAAAUAUCUUAAUGCUUUAGAGACUUUUGAAGCCUCAAAUAAUAAUUUUUAUAAUUUUAUCAAAAAAUCGCAACAUAUCAAUAACUAUGAAUUAUCUUCUAUCGCAAAUAUGGAUAAAAUGCCAAUAUACUUUGAUAUAGUUAAUACCCUUACUGUAGAUCAUCCUUCAGCAAAGACUAUAGUUGAAGCAUGGAAUGAUAUUCCAGUUGAUAUGGUCAUUAAUUUAUUUAAAAAAUAUGGUAUUCCUAAUAGUAUUGAAGAGUUAAAAGAACAAGUAAUAGUUCUAGCUGAAGAUAUAGAAAACUUUCUGAUUCCAAUUGUUUAUGUAGAAAAUUUAGAGAAUUUGCUCAAGCACUA